AUGGCGCAACCCGACCGGUCUCGACCGGGCCCCCUCAACUCCCACCCUGUCUUCUCCCCGAAGAAGCCCCUCAACAGAGCGGACAAGUCGCAUGACUCCAGCUCAAGCUCCGGCUCGGGCUCGGCGCCGCGAUCGCCCACUAAGGCUGGCUCGCGCUUCCAGGAGGGUUCUAUGAAUGACCGUGCCUCGGCUGUCCCGCCUCUGAGCUUCAUUGGCACCGAAGCUGAUUUUGAGCGUCGUAUCCGCCUCGACUAUCCUGGCCGACACGGCGCCGCUUCGGCCCUUGCUGGCUCUGUCCAGCAGCAGCAGCAACAUCAGCAAGAGCAACAGCAACAGCAGCAACAGCAACAGCAGUCCCAAAACCAAUAUGACCAACGACCCGCCAGCGCGGCCGGUAGUUUCAUUGGCACCAGCGGCAAGAAGGGCUUCUGGGGCGGAUUGAAGGAAAAGCUCAGCUUCUCGAGAGACAGGAACGCCAACGGGACUAAGCGACCCGCGCGAGACGAACGCCUUGCGAAGCGUCAGAUCUCCAAGUCGGCCAUCUCGAACCCGGUACCCGCGGAUGUUUCUUCACGCAUGAGCAUCGACUCCGGUGCCCCAUCCUUUGCCUCGUCGAGUGAUGGGCAUGGAGGCGGCUCCUUCGCAGAAGCUAUGCGCUGGUCCCGGCCAUCAUCACGCUCGGAGGAUACUGCUGCCGCUGCUGGACUGCGUAUCCGCCCGGACGCGAACCGGGGGAUCCCCGUCGUCCCGCGCAUCCCCGAUCAGUUUAAGUCGCGGCCUGGGAGCGCUUUUGGUGAGGGUGCUGAAAACAGGAUCCCGCAACCCAUCCAGGGACGCCGACGCUGGUAG